AUGACAUGUGCCGAUUCAGACUCCUACCCGCGCCUCUCGGCUCUCCGGAGACCCGCGCUCCCGGAGGCGUGUCUGCUGCACAUGCGCGGAGGAUGGAGCAGUGGAGAACGCGCGAAAGGCAUCUCGGCCGCACAACCCGACUUGCGGGCGUCUUCUCCCGACCUGGCUCCUGAACAGAAGGAAGCGUCAUCGUCCUCCGCGUCUGCGUGUCCGCCACCAGACUCCUCCCGUGCUUCCGCGGAUUCUCAGCCCUCCGCCUCCUCUUUGAACAGCUCGUUUCCUGGCGACCCUCUCGCGUUUCCCUCUUCUGCUCAGCACACUCUUGCUUCUCCCUGUCCUCCACUGGCCUCUGCCGGCUGGCUGCCUUGUGAAGCCUCUUCAAGUCUUUCUACAGACUCCACUCCGUCUCCGCCUCAGCUUGGUUUGUUCUGCGCUGCGUCAGACGACGAGAGGGCUGAGCCCAGCCCCUCCAGUUCAGCGUCUUCAGACUCCCGCCCGCUCUGUGCAUCUGCCGCAUGUCCGCUGAGUCGCGACUCAGCUUCCUCUGGCUACUUCGCCUCUGCGUCUCCUCCGAUUUCGCGCCCAGCUAUCCGCGCGCCACCUCGCAGGCCGUCGCCGGCGUCGCGCCAAGUGUCGGGAGCGCUCCCUCGCGUGGUGCUGGGCUCUUCUCUCCUGCGCGGCAAUUCGCGCAAUGACGCGGCUUCGGCGCCGGCGCUUCGCUUCUCCUCCUCGUCUCCGCCGCCUGUCGGGGGGCGGAGCGACGGCCGAGGCAAGGAGCCCACGCAGAGCCGAUGGGCCACGCGCCGAUCGCAGCGCACUUUUAGUCAAUUGUCUGGCGGGAACAGAGAGGCGGAUAGACGCGACAGCGACGUCCGACCUCUGACGGUGGAGAGUGAACCCGACAUCCAGGUUGUGCUCGCCCCUGCCGCGAUUGACAGUCUUCUGGCCGCUUCAGUAGACGAGGCGGACGCUGCCGCGAGCCCCCUGGCUCCGGCGCGGGUCGCGCUGCUGUACGGGUCUGUAGAAGACUCGACUGUUUCGCCGGCUGCGGACAGCGCCGCGGAGAGAGACGAGGUCUCAGGCCGGCGGACCGGGGGGGCCGCAGGCUCCGUGUCGAGGGAACGGCCCCAGGCGCGCGGCGAGAAGGCGAAGUCUGAGAGACAGGCGCGCCGCGUCUUCGUGCAGGCCGUCCUCGUGCUGUCGCCCCCCCGCCGACGCGACGCAGCGGAAGGAAACGGAGACAGCGAAGGCGCGGAAGGAGCGCGAAGGAGCCACGGUGACCUCGAGCACCUCCUCCUUGGCGUGUCGCCUCUGCGCGACGCUGCCGAUCGCGCCGCGCGCCACCUGGGGCUCCAGCUCGUCGGAUGGGCGUCGCUGCGGCCGCCGCGCAGGAGUCUCGGAGGCAGCGGGCUCCCGGCUGGAGCCCAGACCAAACGUCCAGGCGCGCCGCAUCUCCAGGGUGCACCUGACACGAACGUGGACGAUCCUGCAAACGGGCGCGGACUGUCUGAGGAAGAGGCGCAGGCGCGUCGCCUUACGCCGGCCGAAGUCCUCCUUGCGCUGCACCUACAGCAGAAAGAGUCUGAUAAGGACGCAACAGCUCGCGCCUGCUUUCCGCGCCCCGAGGAGUCCCCCCGCUCUCGGCCGUCUCUGUCUGUUGCCGCGUCUCGGGCGUGCAAUGAGGCUCCUGCGCCUGCGCCGCUCGUGAGCUUGAUAGUGCACCGCACGCAGCCAAGUUCACCUCUGGGGACGUCAGCGGGCGGGAGCGUGGAGAUUGAGGCCGUUGCGUUGACGCAGCACGGUCGGGACGUGUUUCAUUCCCCAGAGUCUCUUCUGCCGUCUCUCGCCGAAGUCUCCGCUGCUUCGCUGCCAUCGGGAGCCGACGCCGGCGUGGCGACGCAGCGGUUGCCCCGCGGUGCCGAAAGCCAAAGUAUUCCUCCAGUUCGCGCGCCCGGGUGUGCUGGGUCUGUGAGGCGAUUUGCGAGGCGCCGAGACUUCUCAUCCGUCGCGCAGAAAAGGGGGGACUUGGAGGCGGAGACAGACGCGGCGAACACGCUCCAGUUGAAGAAGCCUGUGGAGGUCGACAGGGCGUUGUACCAAGCGCUGCCCGUCGAGUUUUUCAUCAGGUACCUCCCGGUAAUCGCUGCACCAGACUGCCGGACAGAGAGCGAGCAGGCGGCUGACGCGCGGAGCCCUGGGGAAGGCGGCGGACUGCCCGAGAGCCACGAAUGGAAUGAAGAGGUUUUCUUCUUCACGCACGGAGGGGACGGAGAGCCCGACGCACACUUCCAGUUCCAGCGGAGUGGGCGCCCCAGCGUUCAGACCCAGGGACGCGAAGGCCGCGCCGCCACGUUUGCUCAGCUGAAGGCUCUCUUAAACUCCAGCCCCUCGCCGGCUUUCCUGCUGGAACAUCUGCGCCGCUUCGACAUGCUGACUCACGUCGCCGAACUGCUGCACAACAAUGAACAAGAUCUCCGUCUGAUCUGCGAGGCGCUCCGUUCGGGGCCGAAGUCGCGCACAGAAGGCGCUCGAGCUGACGAUGUCCGAGACCCAGAACGUGGAGUUCCUGCGGAGACUAGUCCCGCGCUUCCUUCCCGCGUUAUUCGGUUGAUCCGCGCCUUAGCGGCAACGUCUGAAAGUCCUCUACUCUCCACAGAGAGCUGA